AUGAGGCCAACAUUGUUGUUCAACCAUUUGACCAAGAAAAAGAAGUGUCUAGUUAUUUUAGAUGAUAUGUGGCAGCAUUUUGAGCUUACAGACGUUGGUAUUCCAGUCAAAAGAGAUGGUGUUCGUCUGGUCCUAACAACACGAGAUCUUGGUGUUUGCGAAAAGAUGUUGUGUCAAGUGAAAAUAGGAGUUCGACCCCUAUCUGAUGAAGAAGCAUGGGCAUUGUUUAUAUUGACACUUGGUUCUGAUCAACCUCCUAGUCAGAAACUUGUUGCUGAGGAUAUUGUUAAGGAGUGCAAAGGCUUGCCGUUAGCUAUUGUUGUCAUGGCGGGAAGCAUGAGGGGAGAGGUCGAGGAUCAUGUAUGGUGGCAAAGUUAUUAUUAUGGGUGA